GAAAAAAAUAAAAAUAAAAUAAAUAAUAAAUCCCGCCAGUUUUAACCGUGAUGAGUUCAUAGUUUAGAAAAAAAAAAUUGACGGCCCGAUUCAUUGGUCAUUGACUACGGGCCGGUUCCGAGUCCGACCCGGAUCCGUAACAUUUUACCCAAUUCAGUCGUGCAGAAGCUGAACGCGAAAUUAUAGAGCAGACCUCGCCCUAAUAAACCCAUCUAUCUCCUCUCUCUCAGAUUUUACUUCGAAUCCUCGAUGGUUCUGAAACGAUUUCAAAAACCCGCAACAGGGCUGGCAGCUUUGAAGGCAUUCGAUGCGGAUAAAUACCUGAAGAAAGUCGGGCUAGGCAAAGAGGACCACCAUUUCUGGAAGCAAGUGGGCAAAGCCCUGCUAUGCACAUACACCCUAUUCGGUGCAGCGUGGUUGUACAACGAGACUUCACCGCUCGGUUGGUGGACGUUGAAGCCGAGGCCUAAAGAAGAGAAAGAGCUCGCCCACCUUUACGAGCACCGCAAAUUUCCAUACCCGGGCGACGCCGAGGCUAUGGAGGACUUCAUUAUUAAGGGUGGUAUGAUCGGUACCACAAUCGGGCCGAAAGGGAUUAUCGAAACUGAGGGAGAUACUUACAAUUUUCAGAAAGAGCUGCAGGACAAGAAGUUUGACCAAGAGGCGAUGAAGCUGUGGAUGAGGAUGCGGAAUGAGGUAAUAUCCGAGCUUCAAGAGAAAGGGUUUGAUAUUGAAUAGGUGUUCGACUGUUCGUGUUGUAAGUACACUGUGGAAUUCGAUCUUGCAUCAAACCUUUUCUUUUAUGGGAUUUUAAAUGUCUUGGGUGUUUUGGUGUGUGUGUAAUAAAUCCAUACGUAAUGUUUUUUUGGAGUUUCGAUUGUAUCUGGUGUAGAUUGACGCCUUCGUUGAACCUUCCAGCGCAGAGAAAUAAGUUUCCUCUUCUAGCUUUCUUGAUUAAUUUUUUUUCUUCGGGUAAGUAACUAUUGUCAAGGGAUGUCGAUUUUUCUCGAACAUUUUUGCGUGGAGAUGGUUAAUCGGUGAUUUCGAUUUUUCUUAGAUUGGAUCA